GGGUUCUGUCGCUAACAGGAAGAUAGAACAUCGGUCGGUGUCAGCGUUAUUCUUUUGUCGAAAAUGGAACGAAAAGUAGCUCGAGAAUUUAGGCACAAGGUGGAGCUGCUCAUUGACAAUGAGGCUGAAAAGGAUUACCUGUACGAUGUCCUGCGGAUGUAUCACCAGUCCAUGGAGCUGCCCGUGUUGGUGGGGGACCUGAAGCUGGUCAUCAACGAGCCCAGUCGCCUGCCGCUGUUUGAUGCCAUCCGGCCCCUCAUUCCCCUCAAACACCAGGUGGAGUACGACCUGCUCACCCCCAAGAGGUCACGUAAGCUGAAGGAGGUGCGUCUGGAUCGUACUCAUCCUGAGGGUCUGGGUCUGAGCGUGAGAGGGGGCCUGGAGUUCGGCUGUGGACUCUUCAUCUCACAGAUCGUCAAGGAUGGACAGGCUGGAAACAGUGGCCUGCAGAUGGGAGAUGAGAUUGUCCGCAUCAAUGGAUACGCCAUCUCUUCCUGUAUCCACGAGGAAGUCAUCAACCUCAUCAAGACCAAGAAAAUCGUGUCGCUCAAAGUCCGGCAGGUUGGGAUGAUACCAGUGAAGAGUUCCACAGAGGAGCCUCUGAAGUGGCAGUUCGUGGACCAAUUUGUGUCUGAUUCUGGGGAGAAUAAGAGCAGUGUGGCAGGCCUGGCAUCCAUGGGAGGGAAGGAGAUCAAGGAGAAGAAGGUGUUCCUGAGCCUGGUGGGCACCAAGGGCAUGGGCGUCAGCAUCUCCAGUGGCCCCACACAGAAGCCUGGCAUCUACAUCAGUAACGUCAAAUCUGGAUCCCUCGCUGCUGAAGUAGGACUGCAGAUUGGUGACCAGAUCGUGGAGGUGAACGGGGUGGAAUUCACCAAUCUGGAUCACAAAGAGGCUGUAAGAGUCCUGAAGAGUAGCAGGAGUCUAACCAUCACAGUUCUCACCGGCGCAGGCAGUGAGUUGUUUAUGACAGACGAGGAGCGUCUGGCGGUGGAGGCUCGCAGGGAGCUGGACAGACGAGAGUUGAUGCACCAGAAAAGGGUUGCCCUGGAGACUAACAAGAUGGUCAAGGAGCAGCAGGAGAAAGAGAGGCAGAGAAAGAUGGAGAUUUCUCAGAAGACUGCCGAGGAAGAAGAACGCUAUCGGAAGGAAAUGGAGAAGAUCGAGGCUGCAGAGAGGAAGCACCACAGGGAGUGGGAGGAGGACUGGGCGCCUAGAGAGCAACCCAAAACCAAGAGUCCCUCCCCGGCCCCGCCUGAAAUCAACACCGCACCCCCCAAGUCCAAGAACUCUGACAUUGGAGCAAGCUCUUUUCAGGCUGACGACGACGAUGAAGAGCAGCAGGAGGAGGAGGAGGAAGAGGGGAGUGAAGGCUUUCAGAAAUACGUGGAAGACUUUGAUCCCCACUCCAUGUUCUCCUCGGAACAGAUAGCUGGGCGAGACGUGAGACUACUGAGAAUCAAAAAGGUUGGACCACUUGAUCUGGCUGUGGAGGGGGGAGUAGACUCCCCUCUGGGAAAGCUAGUGGUAUCUGCCAUUUAUGAUGGAGGUUCGGCAGACAAACAUGGUGGGAUAGUGCCAGGAGAUGAGGUGAUGGCUGUGAAUGGGAAGAUCCUGACGGACUCCUCACUGACAGAAGGACAAAACUCUCUGACCCGUGCCUGGAACAGUGGAGGGGAUUGGAUUGACCUAGUGAUAGCAGUGUCACCUCCAAAAGAGUAUGAAGAUGAGGUGACGUUCUUCUGAGAGCCACCUGACCACCUGCCUGCCAAACAAGCCAUACCCACCAACCAGGAACCAUCGUUCUCAUUUCCUCUGACAUUUGACCUAUUUUAUCAUCACAAUCAAAUCCUUGCGUCAAACUGUUGCAAUGCAAUGCUGAGCACUAUUGACAGCAAGUCUGUUUGAACCAGAACCACGCCGUGAUGUGCUACAUGUGAACUGUCUAGAAUGUGAAAGAGACUGAUUCAUCCUCUGUUGAGUUCCAUUUACAUCCCAUUACAGAAACUUUCUGAAGAAGCUAGAGGGUUAUGACAUCACUACGUAAUACUCUGAGCUGAUAUUCACGGCAUAAGAAGGAAUUCACCUCAGGCCACACACACAAAUUGGGGAAAAACAAAACAUUCUUUCCAAUUGAACCUCAUUAUAAAAGAGACAACUUCAUCGUCGAUUUUUGUUGUUGUUAUACAUACAUUUAAAAAAUGCAGAAAAGCUGCUGUGUUGCUCAAUGUACCAGGUCAAAAAUCCAGACCUAUGGUUUGUAAUACUUCCAUGUAGGGAAAUAGUGCCUGUGAGAAGAGCCCUCUGGAUUUCGGUGUAGGAGAGUGGGAAAUGUGGGGACCCAGUGUCCAAGUAGGCUACACGUAGCUAUGUGUGUAGAGAACAUUUCCUCACAGGUAAGACAUUUAAUUUGUUUAGUAUCGUCCGUUUGUAACUCCACUACUUGUCGCUGUAUAGUCCGUUUGUUUGUGUUGUUGGUCUUGGCCACAAGUUGUUUUACCCCAAGGUGUACGGGGCCGCAACGUUCUAUCUAAUACCGACCAGGACUAUCCCCCUCAGAGCCAUAUAUUUUGUAGCCUGGGUACCCGUCUUUUUAGCCAAUGUUCCACUCCUUGUAGCCUACUCUGUACUAUUUGUGAAGUAAAUUGAGUAUAUAGUAUGCCAAUUGCUCAUAGUAUGGAUAUAGUUAGUAUGCCAAAAUUACACUCAAGUGAAAGGGUACCAUUCGUUUACAGUAUACUAAAAUUAACUAAUCGUAUAUAGUAUGUAGUAUGUAGUAUACAGUAUGUUAGUAUGGGUAUCCAAACACAGCUGGUACUGUAGUGAAAUGUUAGCUAUAGCUGAAAAGACUGGUACUCGGACUAUAUAUUUAGAGAGUUGAGACAACUUUUGCAAUUUCAAAUAUGGUUUUAAUUCUAGACAUUCAGUUCCAUAGGAUUAUUUAAACAUUCCUCGUGUAAUGUUAAAGUAACGGUCCAGUGUUUCCAGAUUUCUAUGAAAUAUGACCUAUAAUUACUUACAAUAUGAGUGAAAUAGAUUUCCUUCUAAAAAAGUGGUAAUGUUAAAAAACAGCUUUUCUGUGUUGGAAUAGUGUGGGCGUACCCCAACAGGUACCCCAACCUGUCGUUAAAAAUAUUAACGUGAGUAGAGGGCUGAUUGGCCAGCUCAUUCUCCUCAGGAGGAUGACCUCAUACUUUAUGAGGAAAUAGCAAACAUUUUAGAAACUGUCUGUUUGAGAUACAAGUUUGUGUUUUUUCUCCAAUUUAUGCUUUGGCCACGUACAAGUACAGGAUGAGUCAACAACACUAUUUGGGUAUGAGUAAACAGAAUAUUAACUUUAAAAAGUGAGAUUUUCACUGAACAGUUACUUUAAUGGGUCGCUAACAUGGUUGCCAUAUCAUUUUGAUUUGUCAUGUAAAUGCAUCCUAAUGAAGAAAUCUCAAUGUCCCAACUAAUUACAUAGCGAUGUUCCCCAUUCGUCUCAUUCUAGUACCCUACAGCAUAGGAACACAGUUGUGAAAAACUGAACUCUGAUGCUGAGGCGCAUCGGUGUCAACAGGUUUUGAUCCUCUGAGUUUAGUUAAAUGCUAAGUGCAUCUUAAUGAGCUUCUAGUAUGCCAUAAGCCCCCUUGUUAUAGGUGAAAUUACACUCCUAAAUCUCCAAUGAAAGGUGUUUGAGCUUAUCUGUAUUCAGUUAGAGUAUGUAAUCAGCAGCAGGAGCAGCCCUGCAGGCAGGCAGGCACACUGUGAUGUAAUCAAUGUCCCUAUUUGAAAUCAAUGCUCUCUCAGAAUCAAUAAAGGUAUGUGCUUACUUUGACUGAUCAGAUUGUCUGGAUUCACGAUUUGGGCAGUUUAUAAAGCUGGAAUUCUAAUGCGUUAGUUCUCUCUCUCUCUAAUAGUAGCAUUAUUUACAUUGAAUGAAACACUAGGCAGGUUUUCAUUGAUCCAGGUUGAUUAGUCAAAAGCAUUAACCUUGUUUCCAUCCACAGUUUUUAUGUGAGUAAAGUCAUACCGUAUAAAAAAGAAUCACGACAUCUGUAAUGGAAACAGGAGGUUUCGGUACAAUUGAAUAAAUGCAGACAGAUAAUUUGUUUGUUCGACGUGGUGGGAUCUUUUUGUGUCGGGUCAAAUUAAUUGGCGAGAACUUACGGUGGAAACGCCUUUAUGCGCAAAUAUUGAUAUAAUAACCAUCAUCUAGAAGUGAACUCGGAGUCACACGAUAACAUGGUGUGUGGUCCUCCCACUACGAAUCGUGAAACCAUGCAGUUUAUUAGGCUACAAAUGAAAUAAGUUAUGAUGAACUUCACAGGGUGGUGAAAGUGCACGGAAUGAGCUUGAUGUUUAGAGCCUUAUUCUGGUGUUUAGAGCCUUAUUCUGGUGACAUGACGAGCUGUUGGCUAGAAUGCACAUGCCAAUAACAGAGUAGGCAUUUUUGCUAUUCAACUCAACAGCUUUUUGAACAAAACUAUCGGUAGAAUUG